GUCAGAGGUGAACUACAUCCGGAGGACAGAAGAAGAAGAAGUUUGUUUUGGCGCGGGCUGUUUGUCUGACGCGUUGCUAACAGGCUGCUAACGGCUAACGAACAUCCAGCGGCUGUGUCGCAGGCCGACCCCCCAGAAAACAGCUGAUGGAGUCGACAGAGAGCAGGUUCGCUCACCUGCUGCAGCCAAUCAGAGAGCUGACGAAGAACUGGGACAUCGACGUGGCGUCAGAGCUCAACGACUAUUUAGAAGAGUUGGAUGACAUGUGCAUCACGUUCGAUGGAGGAAAGACUCGACUGAACUUCGCGGAGGCGGCGCUGCUGAUCCAAGGCUCCGCCUGCAUCUACAGCAAGAAGGUAGAGCUGCUGCACAGCCUCGUUUACCAAACUCUGGAGAACAUCAACGACAAGAACAAGAAACGUAACAAACAGACGAGUGAGUCUCCACAUGACGAUGACACAGAGAGAGACGAGGACGAGGACGUGUUCACUCCGCUGGACAUCGACGUCUCGGAGAACUCAAAGAAAAGUGAGAUCAACAAGACGGUGGAUGUGGUUCCUCUUCCUCCUGAGUCUCUGAUUCCUCCUGAAACUCACGUGAAACACAAACUCCCUCUCAUCAGUCUGAAGGGGGAGGUCCUGUGCAGUCAGAAGGAUUUCAGGAUGAACCUGUUCAUCCCGGGAGACGAGGACAUGAUCCUCCUCAGCGUCAGAUCCUGGUCCAGUUUGGACAACAACCCACAUCCUGCAGAGUCUUUGGUUCAACAGCAGCAGGAAGAAGCCAUGGUGGAAGUCGCUGAUGCUGCGGAUAACUUCUUCCCUUUAGAGGAAGACAACAUGGAGCAGGAAGCAGAGGAACACGAACACGUGGACCGACUGCAGGCCCCCUGCGUCGGCAGGAUGAUUCGAGAGAGACGAGCGGUCGAGAUGGACGAGCGGAGGAGGGAGGAGGAGACGCCUGCUGUGAACGUGUGGACGUUUCAUGACCCGUAUUCUGACCUCGGCGAGGACAAACCCUUGAAACCAGGAAAAUGUUACAAGGUUCCCGACGGCCUGGAUGAGGGAGGGAAGAGGAAACGAAGACGAGCUUCUCCCCUACAGGACUUUAGGAGCUGGUUCAGAGGAAACUUUGAUCCUCCUGAGCACAAACUAAAGAAUGGACCCAGGUUUACAGACUUGAACUACAUGUAUCUGAGCACGAUGAAAGACAAACUGAAGACUCAGAGGAGGAUCUGCAGAAAAGCAGGUGUGUUGGUUUCUGAUGAGGAGCUGAGGAGGACGUUCCUGCAGCCAGAGGCGGUGGGGCUCCAGCAGGGGGAGGAGCCUGUGGAAGGAUUCAGACACCCUGACCUGUUCGGUGGAGACGAUGACGACGACGACGACUUCUCAGACAACGAAGUGUUUCCUGACGACGUUCCAGCCGAGUUUGGAGGAGGAACAGACGCUCAGAGGGACGAGCUGAGUUAUGAAGAUCUGGUGAAGCUUCGCGUGGAUCAGCUGGUGGUGAACUGUCGUGGCUACACUCAGGAGACGGCUCUGUCUCGACGAGUCAAGGACUGGGAGGAGAAGAUCCGCCCUGAACUGAGUCUGCAGGAGGAGCGUCCGACAUUUGACAUCCGCGAUUAUGGAGACCGGAUCGUCAGAGCGCUGAACGGCGUCGGCCACCGCAGGUCGUUCUCAUCCAUUGUUCACGGUCUGGACAACUUCGAGGCCUGCAAGUAUCUGCUGGCUUCACUGCAGCUGGCGAACGACUCCACCGUAGACGUCCACAGCUCUGGGCAUCUGGACGACAGUUUGGACUCGAUGAGUUUGACUCUGCUCAGUUUUCAUAGAGCGACCGACAGAUUCAACUCCGACGGCUUCGGUUUGGAAACUGCUGCUUCACAUUAAACCAACAGACGAACCUCUGAUCUCACUUUAAUGUUUAUUAAUAAUCAUAAUCAUGUCGAGGAUUCAUAAUCAAGAAUGUUUUAGUUGUUUCUUUGAACCAAAGAUUAAACUUCUGACCGUCAAGUUCAGGAAUCAAAGAGACUAGAAAUAUUUGACUGUUUGCUUCAAAUAUUUUCAGUUUUAUAUUUGUGACUCCUGAACUGUUUGUUUCUGUCAAUAUUCUCAUUUCCUAAACAAUAAAAAAUGUAAGAGCA